CUUCGAAUUCCCAUAAGCAAAACUUCUCUUGUGUGCCUGCUAUACAAAGAUAUCAAUGUGAAAAUGCCGGCCCUGACAACCAACGACUCUGCCGUCCUGCACGCCCUCUUCGACGCCGAAUCCUCCCCAUCCUCAGCAAUACAAAUCGACUCCUCUCUCCCACCAUUCCCCUCAAAUCUUCAAAUCACUCCCAAAGACCACGAAUCUCUCAGAAACCGCGAAAAAUUGAUAAUCAAGUCCCUCCAAACCGACAGUGUCUCACAAGAAACUAUCUACUCCGCUAUUACAGCCCUAGACGCGCUCAUCGACGAUCGUCCGAAUUACCCGCCCGCCUACGCUAAUAGAGCACAAGCGCUUCGGAUGCUUGUUGAAGGACAAUCAAGUCCAAGUGAGAAGCCGGAGAUAACGGGCGAUGUGAUGUUUACGGAUCCAGCGAACACAGUCAUUGUCUCGCGCCUCUUUGCCGAUUUGGAACAAGCGAUUAAUCUCUCCACGCCUACAUCACCAGCAGACCCCGUAUCCCCCGUUCAAGCGCGUAUCCUAGCAGACGCGCAUACACAUCGCGGGUAUCUACUGCUCAAAGCCGCUAGGGCGAGGAGGGAUUCCAAGGUUCAAGGAUCGGGGCAACUAUGGGAUUCGGGAUCUGAUCAGCUAGAGGAGAUGGCGAGUAGAGAUUUUUUUCUAGGAGGGAGGUAUGGGAAUAAGAUUGCGCAGCAGAUGGCGGUGCAGACGAAUCCGUAUGCGAAGAUGUGUGGGGCUGUUGUGAAGGAGGCGAUGAGGAAGGAGGUGCGAUGAAUUGACGAUGUAUUUUGUAGUUAUCAGUGUAUAAGCAUGUUCCUGGAUUCUGGCAAUUGUAUUUAGCUUGACACUCAUAAAUGUUAUUGCUUUCACGAUUUCUACUAAAACAUUGCUAUUGCUACAUGAAAACAUUAGAUA